GUCUCCAAGGAUGAGGUUAGGCUAAACACCCAUUCAUUGAAUGCAUUAGGAGAAAAAUCUGGUUCGAUGAUACCAACAGAUCUCAUCGUUGAGAUACUCUCCAGAUUGCCUGCAAAAUCCAUAGCCAGGUUUUGUUGUGUGUCAAAGAACUGGUCGUUCAUUCUCUGCCGUAAAGAUUUCACCGAUCUGUUCUUGAAGAUGUCGUCUGCUCGUCCGCGUCUUUUGUUCAUCUUACAACUCAAACGUAAGUUUCUCUUUCUCUCGACACCUCAGCCUUUGUAUCCAGACCAGAACUCAUCUCCUAUAGUUCUCGAUCAUUACAUGAGCGUCUCCACCGAAGAUUCUUUUUUCGGGGUUACUCGUCCUGUAUGCGGAUGGCUCUGUAGUAAAGAUAAGAAUCCAAUGAUCUGUAACCCUAGCACAGGACAGUGCAUAACUUUACCCAAAGUGACAUUGACGGAGGAGCGACUUAGGGUGCAUACCAAUUUGGGGUAUGAUCCUGUCGACAAACUAUUCAAGGUAUUGUGCGUGUCCAAGGAUGGUUGUCGAGUUUUGACAUUUGGAAAUGGAGAAAUGUCAUGGAGAAUGAUCGAUUGUCCAGUUCCCCAUCGCCCUUUACGUAAUGGGAUAUGCAUCAAUGGAGUUUUGUACUAUACAGCUGCAUCACCAGUAAAUGGCAUGCCUUAUCCGAUAGUUAUGGGCUUUGGACAUCUUAUGCUAACUUGCUUUGAUAUUAGGUUUGAAAAGUUCACGUUUCUAGCUGUGGACGAUCCAAUUUUGAAGGCAAAACUGAUCAAUUACAAUGGAAAAUUGGGCGCUGUUCUCCCAUCUGAUUCAGUUUCUUUUUUCAAAGGAAGUACUACAAGUCUUCAACUGUGGGUUUUGGACGAUGCCGAGAAUCAGAAGUGGUCGAAGCAUAUCUAUGUAUUGCCACCAUUGUGGAGGGAUGUUGUUGGGAAUAAAACCAUGCUACACAUUGUUGGGAUGAGUGGUGCAGGUGAAUUUGUGUUUGCCCCAAACUAUCAUGAAUUCGGCCCCUACAUUUUCUUCUACAAUGUGGUGAGGGACACUGUUAUAAGAGUCGAAAUCCAAUUAGGAACUGUAGCUUCUAAGUGUCCCAACAUUGACACAUUCGUGGACCAUGUACAAGAUGUGAAGCUUAUGGAAGCGCUUAGGAGGAGUUCAUAGGACUUUACAGUCGUAAGCAUUGCGUUUAUCUCAUAUUGUGUUGGUAACGAUAUGAUUGUUCAUUGCAUGGCCAUUUUAAUUUAUGUUUACUUUGAAUUUAAAACUUCCUCUCUUUAUGGAAACUGUGUCCAUGAGAAUCAGUGGUUGUUGUAAGCUACUGUUUGAACUAAUUAAAACAUUUAUUUUUUCA